CAGAAUGCAAGAAUGAACGUCCCAAGGCUCGCAAGCCGGAAGUCCUGGCGCGGGUGGCCUCCACUUCUCCACUAAUUUGAUUCUAUUUCGAUCAGGGCGCUUAACGACACAUACACUUUGUACCUCAACGUCGUACAAUGUCAGCCAUGUAUAUAGCAACCAUGUCGAGCGCGCCUAAGAGGGCGCAGUGCGAGUAUAUGCUCUUCGCGUGCCUCCUACUUGCAUUGCAUUGUUGACACUUCUACCAACUGGCAAGAUCUGGACAUUCGUUCAUCCAAUUACGAACACUCGACGAUCGAUCGAAGGCGCAGGCACACAACACACACAUUUUCCAACAAUGCUGUUCUCAAUAGUAAGCCUGUUGCUUGCCGCUGGACUCGUAACCGCUGUGCCAUUCCAACAACAAGAACGCAGAGAUGCCGUCGGCAGCUGGAGCAGAAAGAAUCACAACUGGGCGGGGCGAGGAUCGUCGAGAGCAGCAGAACAGUGCUCAUGUGAUAUUGCAUCGAUCCAGAUGCCACAAGCACCCAAGCCUCUGCCUCCUGUCUCCGAAGGCUUUUCAUUGUACCACAUCGCCGUCGGACGAGGCACACAAAAUUACACAUGCGACCUUUCCAACGCGACAGCAGUACCCGCUGCAGCCGGGGCCGUCGCAACUCUAGUCAACGCGACAUGCCUAACAGCCAACUCUCCAAUCCUCGCAUGGUCCCUCGCCGGCUGGGCAUAUCAAGAUAAAUCCACCUCAGUGCCUAAGACCGUUCCAGUGAACGACUUCCUCAAGAUCUCAGGUCACCACUACUUCACCGACCUGACAACAGCCUACUUCAACCUCGACACUAUUGGUCAAGGCGACGAUACCUGGCAAAGCAACUAUAGCCAAGGCGGAUUCAAAAAGAUCAACGCCACCGAUGCCCCAGCCGAUGCUAUUGAGGGCUCAGUCCCCUGGCUCAAACUCAAUAGCAAAGACGAGACCAAAGCUGAUGACUGUGCUUUCCAAGAAGUGUAUCGAAUCAACACCGUUGGUGGUGCAGCACCAAAGACUUGCGAGGGUCAAGAGGCGGAGUUCCAAGUCGAAUAUGCUGCUGAGUAUUGGUUUUAUGGCAAGCCUGAGACAUCGAGCUACUAGAGUGGGAACGUUAUGACUUCUUUUUCUUCUUCUAUCGAGCAAUUUGUACAGAAGCCUCUUUGCGACAGCACAGGGGAAAAGGCGUUAUCUGGGGGUAAAGAGAGCUCAAUGGAUGGCAUUUUCAAUGUGUGCAUGGUCAUAUCUAUCUCAGAACGAAGUGGAAUUACUGCGGACGAGACAGCAUAGUAGAGACAGAAAAUUAAGAGAGAGAGAGACAGCAGUAACGUCAAAGUGGAGCGUUCGUAGACGACAGCAAUGACGAUGACGACCAG